AUGUCCGUCCACAGCGACACGGACUCGAUCGUAUCCCUCUCCGACGACAACCCGGCCGGACCGGGUUUCGCCCCCUCGCGCUCACCAUCCCCGACCCAACUCCCCUUUCCACUCCCCCUCCCCAUCGCACGCCUCGACCCAGCGCCCACCCCCACGAUCCUCGACCACUGGGAAGCCCAACGCACCUACAUCGCCCUCGGCCCCACCGCCACCGACCUGAGCCGCGUCGGGGCGGCGCCAUCCAACAGUACCACCACCGCUGAGACCCCAGCCUCGCGUUCCGCGGCGCGCGACACCGCUCGAGCAGUAGCUCGGGCGACGCAACAGCACGCGCUGAACGGCGGGUACGGCUGCGCCGUGCGGCUGGAUGCGUGUCUGACCGCUAAUCGUGGGCAAGGCGGCGAGUAUGCGGCCGUUGCCGACGACAUCUUGCCGCUGCUGCCGCUGCGGGCGUGGGACGCGGUGUGGUUGAAGCAGAAGCGGGAUGCGCAUGCGGGGGCGCCGCGGGCGGUGCUCGAUUUGCUGGAGGAGCAGAUGGGGUGGGCGAGCGCGGCGCGGCGGGCGGAUGGGGCGGUGGGCGGGAUGAGGACGGAGCGGGAGAGGAGGAGGAGGGGGGAGCAGUGCGAGUGGGAUUGCGAGAGGCUGGAUGGGAUUGGCGAGGGGGCUGCGGACCCGGAGGGUGAUGAGGCGGAGAUGAUGUCGAGGCCGGCGGCGUGGUAUGCCAAUGUCGACAUGUUGGAGGAUGUGACGAUGGAGGUGGAUGAGUGGUAUCAGGACUUUGUUGAGGGGAUGCGGGAGUCUUAUCAUGAUGACAACGAGGUCAUGAUGGAGGACGAGGACAGCGUAAGCGAUGAUGGCGAGGGCGCCGAUGACGAUCAGAUGGCUGACGAUGGGGAGCACAGCGACGACAGCUCGGAGCAGAAGAUCUUCAGGGGCAUCCAGGACGCGCUGGAGAAGCCGACGACAGCGCACAUGGCUCUCAUGAAUGUGCUCUGCUGGACCGAGGCGGACCUGGAGCUUAUGAGCCGGUUUGCUGUCAUUCCUGCGGCGACGCCCAACCUCCCUGGCACUGCAUGGCACGAGCUCAUGCUCCAAAGCAUCACCUAUGCCGGCCGCACUAUUGAGGCGCUCCACAACGCUCUCCACAACCUCAAGCACCAGAACGACCUUCAUGGUGUUCCGAUCGGAGACACCAGCGCUAUCAACCGUGUUGGAGCCAUCGCCACCCUUUACAAGGACUGGCUUCUUUCCAGAUCGGCCAUCCUGGCUACGCACAUCUCCCAGAGGCUGACCCAGAUGCGGGCUGAUCACGAUGCCAUCAAGGCUGUGCCGGCGCACGCCAGCAUCCGCGAGGCCUAUGCCAUGAUCAUCCCGGCAUUGAUGAACGGCACCGCUGCCUCCCUAAACGGCGUGAACUUCGCCGAACAGGCCGAAGUGGUCGCCGAGAACCUCGAGGUUGACCCCUUCAGCUUCCGGGACGACUACAACACCCUAUUGGGUGUGCGUUGUCUUUUGGGUCUGCUUCGGUGCGCCCUGCACUGGCGAGACCGGGCCAUGUGGCUCCAGGGCAACAUGAGCCAGGAGUCUGUGCAUGCAUAUCGCACAAGGGCGAUGCGUGCUGCCACGGGCCGCUGGGUGCACUGGAGCCACAAGCUGCGGUUUACACUCGACUCCGCUCAAGACGCUGCACUGGGCCUGGAGCAGCACAGCACCGCAGCCAGGGACAUCCUGCGGGCUUUGCGUGGAAGUCCUGGCAGCUUUGACCUGCUCCGACUUCUCAAGCUGGCCAGGUUUGGGCGCCUCGUGGGCUUUGAUGGCGGGUACGUGGCAGAGCACUUGUACUACGCAGCCUUGUGGAGCAGGAAGACGGAUGCUGCGAGCAGGCACUCGAGAUCGGUGAUGCUCCACCAUACGCCGGCUGAGAUGGACUAUCUGGCGGCUACGCUGCCCGGCAUUGUGAAGUCGAUGACCGACAGCCCGCAGUGGGGUGGGGUUGGGGAGGAGGACAUGGCAGUCAGGAUAGGCGAGUGGGUGGUGCCGAGCCUGAAGGAGUGGAGGAAACGGCCGUGGGACGAUAGGCCUGUCGGCGCCAGCACUGUCUUGGUGCUCCACUAUGCCAAGCUGGUCGAGAGGCUGGCAAGCAUGCCGACGCGACUGGGAACCGCGCCCGUGUCAGGGUCCCUGGAGAGAUCACUGCCGCACCUGCAAUGGCAACUCCGCUAUGACGACUGCGACGAAUCGACUUUCCGUUCAAUGGCCGAUCGUUGGCAGAACGCUCGCCUCAGGCUGACUGGAAGGCUUCGGGAGUUUGUGCUGAAGUACAAAGACGCCAUGGCUGAGCGUGCUUCGGCGAGCGUGGCAGCGAAGACGAUCGCGUUGCUGAACGAGAUUGAGGCCACGCAUCCCCCUGGCGCCGUGGUUGUCCAGAGGCUGCAGGAGCGUCGCCUGCUGUCCCCCGAGGCGUACAGAGGCCUCUGCUUGGCGGUGAAUCAGGGCUCGGAGGACACGAUCUAUGGCUUCUUGCGGAUCAACCGCGAUGUUAUGAUCCGAGUCUCCCAGCUGAUGAUGAAGCAGGCAACGGAGACGGUCUUGUUGCGCAUUGGCACUCCGGACCGGGACAUGAAGUUGAGCUUGCACCACCUGAACCACCGCAACUGGGUCUCGCCGGACAAGAGCAGCGCGGAGUAUCAGGAGCACCGGCUCAUCAUCGCCGACUGGGAUGACCUCGUCCGCGCCGAGUUGAUCCUGACCCACGUGUGCGAAAUUGUCGGUACCGCCUGGAGGCCCCUUCCGGCCUAUGUUGGGCGGUCAUUGAUCCAAGCGUUCGACGACUUCUGUCCUUGA